AUGGUGGUGGUGGUGGUGGUGGUGGUGGUGGAAUCCUACCCUCUGUGCCUCUCUCUGUUGCCUCUGGUGCCUUGCCCCUGCAUUUCAUUACCGAGCCUCUUUGAUGAUCACCAUUUCUACCGUUCCAUGAACAACCAACUACUGGUGGGCAUUUUAAUUCUUCCUCAGCACUUUCUAUGGCUCCCAAACCUCCCAGCCAGGCAAGCCAUUCAGGCUCAAAAGUUCUCUCUCUCUCUCUCUCUCUCUCUGUGUGUGCGUUAUGUUUCAUGUUUCACAGUGUAUCACAAUCCAAAAAGGCCCUUCUUCCUAUCCAAACCGGCGCCGGGCAACGGGUAA